UUUUGGUUACGUUGACAUUUAUGAUAAACAAACUAACCUAACAAAAUGAAGAGAUAAAAAGUUGAUGAUUUCAAAGAUAUUACACAUCUGAGGUUGCUUUACAAAAAGAAAAGUAACGCUAAAGUGAUGUUCAACGUGAAUCUUGUAAUUUUUUAUGCAUCAGGUUUUGCAGCCUCUAUUUUACUAUCAAUAUGCAUAUUCUUCUUGGCAACAGCUAAACAAUACCCAUUCAUCAAACGAACCAAAAAGGAGAAAUGUUUCGUGAAUCCUUCCACUGCCGAAGUAAAAGAAUUUCCAUCUUUAAAAGAUGAGUGUUCUUUAGAUUUAUCAGUCAUAGUUCCAGCAUACAAUGAAGAAGCACGAUUACCUUCAAUGCUGGAAGAGUGUAUAGAUUAUUUAGAGAACAGUUCUAAGAAUUAUGAGAUAAUAGUAGUUAGCGAUGGUAGUACUGAUGGCACUGUAAGUGUUGCAAAUAAAUUCUGUGUGAAGAUAGGGACCAAUAAGUUGAGAGUGUUAGAGCUAGAAACAAAUAGGGGCAAGGGAGGUGCUGUGAGACUGGGAAUGUUAAGUGCCAGAGGUGCUCUUUUACUAUUCGCAGAUGCUGAUGGAGCCACAAAAUUUUCAGAUUAUAGCAAAGUAGAAAAUGCUAUGAAAAAUGUCCUAAAGGUUUCAGGAAGUGCUAGACAUAUGGCGGUCAAACCAGGAAUUGUGAUUGGUUCAAGAGCUCAUCUUGAAAAAGAAUCAAUAGCACAAAGAAGUAUAUUUCGAACAAUUCUUAUGUAUGGAUUCCAUGCAAUGGUUUGGAUGUUUGCAGUAAAAGGAAUAAAGGAUACACAAUGCGGAUUUAAAUUGUUCACAAGAAAAGCAGCAUUAGAUUGCUUUGAGAGUCUUCAUGUUGAGCGAUGGGCUUUUGAUGUGGAGCUUUUGAAAAUCGCCCAGUCCCUAAAAAUACCCAUAGCUGAAGUUCCUGUCAAUUGGAGGGAAAUAGAAGGAUCAAAAGUUACUCCUGUUUUGAGUUGGAUUGAAAUGGCUUUCGAUUUAGCUUUGAUUUGGUUGAGAUAUACUAUAGGUGCUUGGAAGAUAAAAGCUGAAUAUGAUUGAUUUAGGUUUAAGCAUAUGACUCAGUGAUAUUUGCAUUUACAUACCAAUAUUCUGAAUAAAAAUUCAGUAAAUAUA